AUGGCGAAGGGUGAAAACAACGGGCGAGUGACCACUCGCCCACCAACCCCCAUACUUUCCUCUCUCCUCUACUACUGUGGUGCACUUGCGCUACAUUACGUCUUCGUCCCAUUAUUUGCGUACCAUCGCUGGAAAUACCCCGAGUUCUGGAACCCGCGCAAGCCUACUCUCACCAGGUUCUACGCGGCCCGCCCAAGUCUGGAAGUUCGCAUAUUUCUGCCCCCGAACCAUGCCCACGAAAACAAACUCCCCGUGUUUUUCCUCAUGCACGGAGGAGGCUGGCUCAUUGGCGACGCCAAGCAGGACGACGAACAGGCACACCUCCUGGCGCACAAGUACGGCUUCUGUGUCGCAAGCCUCAACUACCGCUCCGGACCACACCAUCGGUUCCCAACCCCGAUAUUCGACUGCCUCGCGCUCAUCAAGGAGGUGCUAGCUGACACCACUCUGCCGGUGGACCGCGACAGGGUGGUGGCUGGCGGGUUCUCGGCUGGCGCCGUCACGACGCUGGCGCUCGCGCAGUUACCGGAACUCAAAAACGUCAUCAAGGCCCUCGUCACGUUCUAUCCCCUGACCGACUUCACCGGCGAGGGACGUCCGGAAGGGGGUACCUCGCCGUGGGGAAGGAAAGAGCACUUGCCCAGGCUCUUGCCACUGUUCCAUGCUGCAUACAUCCCCGACGGGCAGGACUUGCGCGAGCCGCUUCUGAGCGCCACGUACGCGACCAGAGAAGACAUGCCGCAGCCACUGUUCAUGAUAACGGCAUCCGAGGACUUCCUCUGGAAAGAGGCGAAAGAUCUGGGUUGCCGCCUCGGCGGUGUGGUGGAAGACUCGGCUUUGUACGAUAGUGAGUCCUGGGAAAGUGGUGGGGUGAAGUACCAAUGCGUCAAGGAUAUGCCGCAUUCUUUCACGCACUUCUUCGAGAAGAUCAAGGUUCCGGAGUGGGAAGAGAGGCGGGUGCGCGCGAACGACGAUAUUUGGCGGGAUAUCAACGAUUGGGUACGAAGGGUCAUUGACUGA